AGCCGCUCGGGGGCUGGACAGACACACCCCGGCGCCGCCACGUGGGCGGAGUCCGCCCAGCCCCUGCCCCGCCCCGCCCCGCCCUGGAUCGGGCCCGGAUCGGGACCCCCACGGCGCAGCCGAGCCCGGUGCCCCCCGCCCGGGGCCGCAGCCGCCAGCGGACUACAGGUCCUACCUAGCCCGGCCCGGCCCGGCUCGGCUCUGCGAUGCUGUUGGGGGACGAGCUGAGCGGUGGGGACCGGCUGAGCAGCGCGGCGGCCCGCGGGGAUCUGGCCGAGGUGCGGCGGCUGCUGCGGGACGAGCUGGUGCAUCCCGACGCGCUCAACCGCUUCGGCAGGACAGCGCUGCAGGUGAUGAUGAUGGGCAGCAUGGCGGUGGCACAGGAGCUGCUGAAGCAGGGGGCCAGUGCCAACGUGCAGGACGCAGGGGGGCGGGCACCGGCCCACGACGCAGCACGGGGGGGCUUCGCGGACACACUGCGGGUGCUGCUGGAGCAUGGCGCCGAUGCCAACGCACCAGAUGGCACCGGGGCCCUGCCACUGCAUGUGGCUGUGGCUGAGGGCCACGCACCUGCUGUGGCUGUCCUGGCACCCGUCUCCGACCUGGGCCGCCGUGAUGCCCACGGCCGCACCCCCCUCAACCUCGCCCAGCACCUCGGCCGGCCUGGCAUUGUUGCCAUCCUGGAGCAGCACUGCCCGGGCCCUGCCUGAGCCUUGGUGGGGGUGGGGUGCUGGGUCCCUGGCCUGGGAGGGGGUGCUGGCAUGGAGCUGGCUCUUGCCAGCUGCCCCCCCAUUCCCUCUCUUGCCCCUGUUCCCUGUCCUGUCCCCCUGUGAAGGUCCUCCCCAUUUCCUCUCUUGUCCCCUCUGACCCUUUCCCCACUGCCUACCUCAGAGUUUAACUUUUACUGUUGUUUCUAUUUAUAUUUUUUGGGGUGUUUCCCCCUCUCCCACUGGAGCUCUCCAAUGGGGGUUCCGCCUGCCCCCCCAUAGCAGGGUGGGGGGUCUGGCCUGGUUGCCUUGGCCCCAAACUCAGGUUUCAAUCUGGUUUCUACCCAGAAAAAUCUGAUAGCCCCUGCUACCCCCAAUCUGCUUUUCCCUCAACAGGUGGAGGAGGGGGUCUGUCUAUGUUGUAGAGCCCCCCAACCUCCUCCAUCAGCUACAUCCACCCCCAUAGAGUAUUGUAUUGGUCUGGGCUGGUUUGGAUUGAAUGGGGAAGGGGGUGAAGGGAUCAGUCUGAUGGGGAGGCUUCGGUCUCAGGGUCAGGUGCUUGGUGCUGGGGAAGAACACCUGCCCCCCCCCCCCCCCCGCCGCGCCAGUCUGGGAGCUGGGCAGUUCAUAGCUCCCCCACCAGCUGCAGGUACCUCCAGGCCCACUGGGGGUGGCCCAGAUGCCAUGUAGCCUCCCAGACUCUCCACCCCAGGGAGCCCUGCUAUGGGCUGGAGCUCGGAGGGUGGGGGGAGCAUCACAGAGCUCGGGCCCUGAUAUUGGGGCCCUAAUUCUCCUACCAUAGCCUGUCUGUGCCCACCCCCCACCAUCUGUGCCAUGGUCUGUUACCUGGCUGCAUGCCUCAGCUGGGGGGGAGGGGGGUGCUUUCUAUUUGGGGGAAGUGGGGUGUGUUGGAUGGAUUGGUGCUUUUAAUGAGCUCAAAGCCGCUUCUAUUUAUUGGGCGCCGGGAUAAUUUAACGAUUUUAACCAUUAAAUUAAUAUUUGCCAA